AUGGCAGACUCUUCCGUUGACAACUCGCUGAUCGGUGAUUUCCCGGUAGACUCCAAAAGCCGGAGCCCCCUUCCUGUUGAUGAUGACGACGACGACGAUAGCGACUCUGGUAACGGUGCCCAAGAACAAGCACCAGACGUGGAUGGCUGGUGGCGCUGGCGCCACCGGGAACCAAUCGACGAACUCCCCCCUGAAUUGAAAAAGGAGUGA